UUCAGCGGCGCGUCAUUUCGUUCAAGGCCGAAUGCCUGUGGAUAAACCCUACGACGAAACAAUAGACGUACCAGAUUCUGAAGACAUUGUUACACCAAGAUCGAGGAGGUCACCCCAGGGGACAAUGGACGAAUAUGAAGAUCGUGAAACCAAACCGAAGAAACGAGCAGUUCAGGGUGGCGAGGGUCAAUUUACGGUCACACCUCCGGCCGGACCCUCGCUUUUGUCAGGUAUGAAAUCCAGUCGACUGACUGGUGCAAACGAAGGUGAACGCGGUGGAGGGUUAUCUGAAAGCGCAACUUCAGACGAUGAUGAGGAUGAUGAUGACGAUGAUGACGACGAUGACGAAGACAAUACACCUGAAGUGAUAGAAGGAGCAUACAAUCCCGCGGACUACGAACAUUUGACUGUAUCCCCUGAAAUCAAGGAAAUGUUUGAGUAUAUUCAACGAUACACUCCGCAAAUCAUUGACCUUGAAACGCACCUUAAGCCGUUUAUUCCAGACUACAUCGCAGCCGUUGGGGAUAUUGACGCAUUUCUCAAGUUAAGACGUUUGGCCACCAGUUAUAACGCGAAAUCCUCUUAUAUUGACCAGGUUCCGAGGCCGGAUGGAAAACCUGACAACCUUGGGCUCCUUGUUUUGGACGAACCCUGUGCCAAUCAGUCUGACCCAACUGUCCUCGAUUUGCAUUUGAGAGCUUUGUCCAAACAGUCGGCAUCCAAAGAAAUUACCGUAAGGAGUAUAGAGAACGCUGAGCAACAGACAAAGGCGAUUGAUAACUGGAUCAAAAGUAUUACCAACUUGUAUCGGGCCAAACCUCCGCCCACAGUGCACUAUGUUCGAAAUAUGCCGGAAAUCUCCACUUUGAUGUCUGAAUGGCCAUCGAAAUUUGAAGAGGUUAUGAAGAAAUUACGACUUCCAUCAUCGGAGCUUGAUUGUAGCCUCAAAGAAUACGUUGACAUCGUUUGCGGCCCUUGGUUUUCACAGCAAGUUUUGCUGAGUUUGGGCUGUUAUGCAUCACAUUUUCCAAAGACUAAUAACUACUGA